AUGGUUACAUUUCCCCAAUGGUGUACCCUUCUGCUGGCCUUAAUUCUUCUUACUAUUUCAACGUACACAUCCAAAAUAGUAACCCCCCGCGGAGGUGCUUCCUAUAACAAGGUAACCGCAUCUGCUCACCAUGGUCGGAAUAGGAAGCACUUAUCCCAUUGUGAUCAGAUAAGGGGUCACUGCACUCGUAGGUUGUUCUUUCUAAAAAAGGAGAAACAAAACGACUCUCGUUUCAAGGGAUUACAGGAACUUAAGAGUUUAUUAAAUUACCUUUUGUGUGAAAUUCUGCCUGGUGAGAAUGACCAUGGGAUGUUGGUAGGGGGGCAGAAAAGGUGGAGGCCGGGCCUGGAGAACACACUUGACGGGGUGCUAUACCCUCCCUACGAUGUGCAGAGGGCCAUCAGGUGCUACACGUUUCCAUCGCGCGAUGGGGGUGAUGAGCGCGACAAGGAAGACAGUAGGGUGGAUAGUAAUGUAGGCAAUACUGUGGGAAGUACUAUGUAUAACCGCGUUGAGCCCAGAACGCGGAGCAGUGCCAAGGGAAGGGAAGGGUGGAUGGGCGCUAAGCGAAAAGGAGGAAAUUGCACCGGCCCUGCCCAAAUCGAGCGGUACAUCACCCGACAGCUAAUACAUUUAACGAGCGAACUUAUAAAAAUACAGAACGAAUGGGAAAAGGAUAAACAGGAGGAAAAUGCAAAAGUGAGCAGUAGCCUUAACGGAAAGACCAACAGCCGUGUAAAGUGGAAUUACUACUUGAAUAAAAAAAAUAACCCCCUGAAAUGCUUCGUCUAUGUGGAUGUGCCAGAAGGAACAGUGAUGUUAAAGCCAGAAAAGGUAGACGACAAAAAAAAAAAGUUUUUAAUUUCCAUCAGUGCUUUAAAUGAUAUCAGAAGGAAUAAUAAAGAGAUACUAAAAAAUAUUUAUUUUAAAAAACAUGAAAUAACUUUUGAUGACAUAUAUCGGAAUAGCAAUUGCAUAACUUUGUUGGUUAGCACAUUUAUUGACCAUCCUUACCUUCUCAAUGCUCUGUCUUUUUUUUGUUUAACAUCUUGUGGCUAUCUCCUGACUGAUGUUUUUUACCAAGGAGUUUUACACUUAUUGAGUAGCGAAGUUAUUUGGAACCCCCUUAUAUACAACGUCUGGUGCAAUGUGUACCAUACGACUUUGCCAUUGAAGCUUUAUUUGGCCAAACAGACCUACUCCUAUGGAAAAGUUGCCUUUGAUUUUUUUGUGAAUUAUGUAAGAUCGAAAAUAAUUAAGUUAGAAACUUCGUUAAUGAAUUCUUCGUUGAAGGGGAAAGUGGACUUAGACAAUCGCGAGGAAAACAGAUAUGACGAUAAAAUGUUUUCCAUUUCGACACAGUGUGACAUUUCAGAUGAGGAAGAAGAAGACUUCACGUACAUUUGA